AUGGAUGGUUCUGUAGUCGAUGGUGAUUAUGGCAGCGAUGGAGAAGAUAUUAAGAUGCUGCCAUUAAUACUGGCAGUGAACGAAGUGAUGUUACCAUGGGAAGAAUGGCUUACUGUCAUGGCAGUUGAUGGAGGGGAAAUUAUUUUUCAUGGAAGCAUGUAUGUCCGUGGGUUUGGAUUAGGGUAUACUGUCAGUUCCAUGGAACUGACAGUUGAGGCGAAAUGGAUUAGAUUUUGGAUUCAGCUAAAUCCUUAUAAAGAUGCGUCUAAUAGAGCCGAUACAUUCUCAUUGAUUGCAUGCUUGAUGUGGUUCAUCUGGGAAAGUCGAAAUGAUUUAGUACAUAAUGUGAAAUCAGAAGAACCAGCUAUUAUUCUAGCAAGAGCAAAGUCAAUGAUGUUGAGCUCUAUCAAAAUCCCAUCGUUACAGGGAAUAUUUGCAAUCUCUCCACCACAACCAGCUUCACCUUGGGUGGUUCCACCUAAGGAUUGGGCCAAGAUAAAUACUGAUGGUGCUUGGAACCCAAAUUCUCUGAACGGGGGAAUUGGUUUCAUUCUUAGAGAUUCAAACUAUAAAUUUGUCUAUGCUCGGUCAACUUACUUAGUAUGUUUUUCUGCAGAAGAAGCAGAGACUAUAUCAAUUAGUGAUGCUUUGAUGGUGGAUUUGGAGAAGAGACUUGAUCCAAUCAUUGUUGAGAGUGAUGCAUUGGCUAUUUAA